AUGCGCUCACUGUGGAUACCUUUUUUUUGUCGCGGUCUCCAGCAGAUCACUUUAUUGAUGUCUCAAGAACUAUCGAAAGCUGUAGAUCAGUUUUUGGCCUACACCGACAUUCAAUCCCAACACUACGGAGUACCAGUGUUCAGUCACGUGCGGUAUGGUGCGGCAGGGGACAAGCCAAAACAUAUGGCCGAUGCUGAGUAUACCCAAAAGUACAAUCACUUCAUCAAGACUCUCGAUACCCUAUCAUACUAUCAUGAAAUGAAGCAAUUAAGAGACGAGCAGUUGAGCUCUAUAGAUACAGAGUAUGAGUAUGUGAUAGGUCAGCUACCAAUUGUGUCCGAAUCCCCAUCUCAUGAAGAGGUGUUGACAUUACUCAAGAGACAAAUCAGUCUAAAGACUGACACGCUAUUGAAUAGUUAUUUACAGGUGAUGGUGCCCAUACUACGAUCAUUAUUCCACGUGGACUCAAACCUCACGUCCAGUGAGAUCAAUAUCUCCCGGAACUUAAAGUUUUUGUUCUCCAAGGAAAACGAGAAUUCGUCUUCCAAUAUCCACAAACUAAUGCAAGAGUAUAACAUAAAUAACCAGUUAUCUGACAUAUUUGCCGAAAGUACAAAGGAUCUUGCAGAUCUCUAUGAAACCAUCAGACCCAAGCUUAUCGAGGUCAACCGGUUGAUCAAAGAUAUCGAACAGGCCAAGAGUGACAACUUAAUAAAGAAGUCGGCCGCCAUCAAAGAGUCACUUUCUUCUUUAGAUGAAAAGACUGCCAGGAGGAAAUUUUCCCUGUUGAUUAAGGAAUGGAUUACUAUCGUCUCACUUGCCAAUUUUCUACCCAACUUCAUAAUGUGUUUACCAUUAAACUGGUAUGAUGACAAGGUAUGCUUCAGUAUCAUCAAACACUGUGGCAAGAUCUCCGAGCAGUUUGACAACUACUUGCACCUUAUCAAUAAGAACAAGUUCGAAGAUUUGACCAUUGAUGACCUUCUCAUGAUAGACUUGAACCUUAGCUAG